AUGUGGGGCUACCUGCGGGCGCUCUUCUGCAAGAUGCGCAAGCAUGUGCACAUGGGCAAGCGCAAGCUGCUCCUCGGCGCGCACCUCCUCGUGAGGCGCCGCAACAAGUCCCUCUCACGCUCCGUUGCCAACUUCCUCUCCCACCACCACGGGCACCACAGAGGCCGCCGCGAGUACGAGUUCUCUUGCAGUGGCAGCCUUGACCUGGGCUCCUUCUCCAUGCACUGUCGCGUCCCCGCGUCGUCGUCGCCUGGGGCGCUGAUGAUGCGUGAGGAGCUCGCGAUUGGGGAGGAAUGCAAGUCUGCGGGGAUGCCGCCGUUGGUGCCCGGCGCGGUCGACGGUGGGUUCUCGGUGCGGGUGUCCAACUUCCCGUCGGACGAGGUCGACGGGGACCAACUGGGUCUGGGCGAGGCCGUGGACGACGAGGCAGAGGAGUUCAUCGCCCGCUUCUACGCCCAGCUGCGUCGGUAG